AUGCUGCGGACGGGAGGCGUUUAUGCCGGGAAAAAGAGGAAAAAGCCGGUGCAGAAAAGCCCGAAGCCACCACCUCCCGAGGGCGUACUGUCAAACCCCUCCAAGCGGCACCGGGACCGCCUCAAUCAGGAGCUGAACAAACUGACGAGCUUGCUGCCCUUCCCUGAGGAUGUCCAGGCCAGGCUCGAUAAGCUUUCCAUCCUCAGGCUGAUUGUAGGAUACCUGAAAGUGAAGAGCUACCUCAUGGCCACUGUGGCGAACCACAGCGGCCACCUAGCAGAUCAGCCUGGGACGCUUGGAGGGAACGGACAGAUGAAUCUGCAGAUCAACGGGGAAACAUUCUCCGAAGGGGACAUGCUGCUCCAGGCACUCAAUGGAUUUGUCAUUGCAGUCACAGCAGAGGGUUAUGUUUUCUACGUCUCACCUACAGUUCAGGACUACCUGGGAUUUCAUCAGUCAGACAUCAUCUACCAGAGUGUGUUUGAGCUGAUCCACACGGACGAUCGAGCCAUGUUUCAGUGCCAGCUGCAUUGGUCCCUAAACCUGCCUCCAUACAAGGAACCGGAGCGAGGCACAGCCGCCAUGCCUCAUGUAGACAGCAGCACCACCACCAUGGAUGACCCCCAGCACCUGCCACCUGAGAAUUCCUCCUUCUUAGAAAGAAGCUUCAUCUGUCGCUUCCGUUGCUUGUUGGACAACUCCUCGGGAUUCCUGGCCUUGAAUUUCCACGGCCGUUUGAAAUUCCUCCAUGGGCAGCAAAAGAGAACAGAAGAUGGGACCCUCAGGCCUCCCCAGCUGGCUCUGUUUGCCAUCGCAACUCCGCUCCAACCGCUUUCUAUCCUGGAGCUUCGAACCAAAACCUUCAUCUUCCAAACAAAACACAAGCUGGACUUUACCCCCGUGGCCUGUGAUUCAAGAGGUAAAGUUGUGCUGGGAUACACAGAAACUGAGCUCUGCAUGAGAGGCUCCGGGUACCAGUUUGUCCAUGCUGCAGACAUGAUGCACUGUGCAGAGAAUCAUGUGAAAAUUAUGAAAACCGGAGAGAGCGGAAACACCGUUUUCAGGCUGCUGACGAAGAAAGCAGGCUGGCUCUGGGUCCAAGCAAAUGCGAGACUGGUGUAUAAAGGAGGCCAACCGGACUGCAUCAUUUCCAGGCAGCGGGCCCUGUCGAAUGAAGAAGGAGAGGAGCAUUUGUGCAAGCGGAGCCUGCAGCUACCUUUUCACUUUGCCACGGGUGAAGCAGUCCUGUAUGAAAACAAUCCGCCAGGGUUCCUGGACUACUUGCACACCAAGAAGGUUUCAAAGGCAAAGAGAGAGACCCCCCUGGAGCAGGGCUCAAUAGAUCCCAACUCGCUCCUAGGAGCCAUGAUGAACCAAGACGAAUCCAUAUACAUCUCCCACGCCGAUAACGUGCCACAGUUCUCCCUGGCGGAUAUUGUCGACGUACCGGAAGAGCCAUGGAUCGAUGAUGGAAAUAAGAGAGCUGUCAAAGAGAAUGACUCACUCCUAGUCGUCAUUGAAACACUCUUUGAAAAGAGCAAUGUGGAUGGUGACAUCUCUAAGACUCUGCAGAGCCUGGAAAUGGAUGACCUGGAAUUAAAGCAAUGGGAGGAGAUCUUGUGCAACAUGGACACCAAGGAGCCAGUGGCCCAGGGUUUCCAGGAGAGGCUGAAUGACAAGGUGACCUCCUGUGUGGAGGAGAUAUUGUUUAAAAAAGAUAAUGGAAAGAAUCUGGGGUUCCCACAGUAUGAUGUGACGGCUUCAUCUCAGGCCCUUAUUCAACAAAUUCCUCUGGAACAAAUUCCACAAAGCACUCAGCUAAACAGACUUCAAAACCAGCUUGUCAAUAAUAGGAAAUGCAAUCAGCAAAGCAAUCCUCUGGUGAAUUGUCACCAUUUCUGGGGGGCUAAUUCAGCAGCCGCUACACCAUCUGGAUUCCAAAAUCCAAUGUAUACUUCACAGCAAAAUUCACUAGACCAUGAUCCUCAGGGUCCUUUAGUCACCAAUAUGUCCCAGGAUAUCACUUCUAAACCAGAAAAGCAAGCACGUUUUGAUCAAGCAAAUUUGCUAAGUGGGAAUAUACUAAAUUCCUUGGGUUUCAAUAACCAGCGAACUACGGGAAUUAAUCUAACAAAUCCUGCACAGGUAUUUCAGCCAAAGGCUCCUGCUCCAGUUUCCUGGGGGAAUGUUAUUCCUAAAAAUCAGAUACAUCGGAGCUCAACUCUGCUUGACUCAAAUCAUCCAGCUCCAUUAAAAAUGAAUUCACAAGAGAGUCAGUGGCCAGACCCAUUGGUUUCAAUGAAUCCAGUCAUCACUUUCAAUCAGAAUAAUUCUCCAAGAGGUCACUCGUUAGAUGUUUGGAAAUCUGCCACUCCAAAUCAGCUGGGAAUCAAACCAAUGGAGAUAGAGUCACCAACUCUACUGGCAAAUAACCAACAGAAUCUUUUUGGAUCACAAGUAACAAAUCCAUGGAUUUCCUCAUCACAGCCUGCUCAUAACAAUGAUCAGGGCAUGCAAGAAUUCAGCAUAAUGCAGGUGUCUCCAGUGCAAGCUCUACAGAAUGAAAUAUCUGGUUCUCUUGAGCAAAAAUCUAGUCCAUUAGAAGCUGGCCACCUGUCUGGAAGCCAUUCCUUUCCCCAACAUACCUCUUCACAUGGACCUCACUUAGUGCCACAUUUUUACAAUAAAAAGCAACAGCAGAUGCUUCAGAACAAACAGUUGUCAACACAGCAACAGCAGCUGAUGCAAGCAAGGAUGUAUCCUCAAGCUCAUUGCAGGCCAACUCAAAUUCAACACAAUGGACUUCCACUGGCCAGCUCCUUGGAGCCAAGUAGCUGGUGUCACGUUCGCUCCCGGGUGGGAAACCAGCAAAUGGACAAUAUUCUUGAAAGCUCAUUGAAGUCCUCAUCAUGUAGUACGUUAUCUAGUGAUGUCAUGUUAGCUUCAUGGGAAUAUGAAAACAGUGGCUUAUCCUUUGAAAAUGAUGUUGCGUUUCCUAAAGCCACUCAUGUGACAUCCCUUCCCCAGCAACAAAAUACCAUGCCCUGUCAUGGUGAGAGCAAUCCAAAAAUGUGUAACUUCCAAAGGCCUAAGGAACCCAUUCUGGGAUCCUCAGUGACUCCUCCCAUGGAAGCUGGGUUGAGGGGACCUUUCUACCAGUUGGAACCAAAUUUUCCUCCCAUGUCAUUAACAGAUAGGCAGAUGAAGAGUCAGCAGCAGCUCUUCACUUACAAUAUUCAGCUCAAGCAGUGUCACCAAAACGAAGAGAAUGCCUCCAUGGAAUUUACUCCUACAAUUGCUAAAGACAGUGUGUGUUUCCCCAAGUACUGA